AAGUGGCCACACCUCCAGAUUAUGACCAAGAGUAGAGCCUUGUACGCAGUCAGUAUCAGAGACCCACUGCAGGAGAGAGGUUUCCCAUAGUCUGUUUCCCAGACAGGGGACACGAUGGACUGAGUGGAAGACCUGUUUUCUUCUGCUCCCCAUUUUAUAAAGUUUCCCCUCUGCGACAUUUUAAGACUUCUAAAGACUCACAGGUCACAGGAAGCCAGUCAAAGCUGAACUCAUGGAUUGGAAGUUUCUCCAGGGUCUUCUCAGUGGAGUCAACAAGUACUCCACUGCCUUCGGGCGUAUCUGGCUGUCAGUGGUCUUCGUCUUCCGGGUGUUGGUCUUUGUGGUGGCCGCAGAGCGGGUCUGGAGCGAUGACCAGGGACACUUCGACUGCAACACCCGCCAACCGGGUUGCACCAACAUCUGCUACGAUUACUACUUCCCCGUCUCCCACAUUCGCCUCUGGGCUCUCCAGCUCAUCUUCGUCACUUGCCCUUCCUUCAUGGUAGUGCUGCACGUGGCCUACAGGGAUGAGCGGGAACGCAAGUACCGAGCCAAGCACGGCGAGGACACUCGGCUGUACGACAACACAGGCCAAAAGCACGGCGGUCUGUGGUGGACUUACCUCAUGAGCCUCUUCAUCAAGACCACCUUCGAGAUCACUUUUCUCUACUUGCUCCACUACAUCUACGACAGCUUCAAACUGCCCAGGAAGGUCCAAUGUGAUGUCAAGCCCUGUCCUAAUUUGGUGGACUGCUACAUAUCCCGGCCCACUGAGAAGACCGUUUUCACCUACUUCAUGGUGGGGGCGUCCGUUGUGUGUGUGGUGCUCAACAUCUGUGAGAUUUUCUAUCUGAUUGCUACCCGGGUGGUGAAUCUCAAACAUCGAGGCAGUGUCCACACCUCGUCUAGAAAGGUCCACCCUGACACGGACUGUGCUGGCUGCAAGUCAUCUCUCACAUCAUAGCUGGAGACCCAGUGUAGGGAAUCAAUAUUUCUUCAUAUGCCUCUAAUUAAUUUACUAUAGGGUGAUCCUUUUUCCCCUUGAGGUUAUUUUCAUUUAAAAAGCAAUUUUAUAUCACAUUUUAUGUGUAAUAUAAAUACAUUGUAUUUUGACCCAAACAAUCCUGUGCUCUGUAAUGAUAUAUUUAUUAUAAGUGUAAUAAAUAUUUCAGAAUUCUGGCCGCUGUACAUCAUGAAGUAACUGAUCAUUAUUAAAGGAACUGGGCUGCUCAUAUUUGCGACCACUGUCACCAUGACAAUGACUGAAACUGACAUUAUUUCUUUUUGCAUUCCCUAAAAAAAGACUGUCAAAGCACUGAAAAUAAAGGGUUUUUUCAACUCUG